AAGGAACUGUCAUUUGAAGGGGUAAAGAAGUGAGCAGUUAUCAUCGCUCUCUCCUAAAGACUCGGUGUACACUACCCGACACCCCCGUAAGCGAAAGUUGCCAGAGAGGAUACGAAAAAAAGAAAACAAAACAAAAAAAAGCGACAUCUACUUCGUGAAACAACUGUGGUUAAAUUUAAAUCCUUCACUUGUGAAGCAGAUGUUUUUCUUCUGUUGAAAUGGCAACUUCCCAAAGGACUUCUCUCUUUCUGCUCAAGCGUCUUCGUCAUAAAGAUGGUUCCAUGAGGCGAGAAUUCUUAAAGCACGACUUAACCUUUUGUUUGAUGUUUUGAGGAAUACCGAUACGAUCUGGUAGUAUUCUCCAAAUCGAUACCGAAAGAAGCAAUUCUUACACCCUCUUGGUUAUGAAAACGUUGAAACUUGCUGUGGAUUACAAUACUAGGAAAAUUUUCAAAAUCAAUGAAGUAUACUUAUAAUACUGUGUUAUUCAAGUUCGCCUCAUAUAUGAUGUAACAUUGUGAUGUAAUUUGUCUUCUGUGUUCGGUAUUCAAAAGUGCUGAGGCUCGAAAAUAUAAAUUGACAAGAAAAAAUUAUUGUGUUGUUAAUGAAUUUCUACCCAAAGGAUUAACAUGCACUGGAUUAAAACUUGGCUAGAAAACCACAAGAAGCUCAAAGCAAGUUCAUUCCUCGGAAAAGUAAAAGAAUGAUGGGCCGAUUGACAUGCGAUGAGGAACAGAAGACAGGAAAACGAGAUGAAAGUAAUUGUCGCUUCCAGACCAACCAACGGCCUCCACCCUCAUUGUAUAUGAAUACAUCAAAAGGCAUUCCAUUGCAUCAGAGCCAAAAGAAAAUAUCCUUUCCACCAAUUUUAUCUAACGAACUUAGAUGUCAAAGUUCUUUGUUGCAACGGCCCACUUCAUCAUUCGCGGAAAUUCCCUCACUGCAAGACAGAGCCCAAACUUCAUUUCAGGAAUCUGUAUUAUUAUCUGAAACAAGAGAAAUUAGAAAAACAGCUAUAUCGCCUAGUCACAAACUUCCCCCUAUUCUUGCUCCAAAACCUCCAUCUUCCGUAGGAAUUUCAAACAUGCCUCCUCAAAGUUUAUCCGAAUUACCCGAUUCUGUAUCAACAGGUGAGGGAAAAGAACAAUAUCCUUCCCUUUUCGAUUUGAAAACUGCAUACGAAAAUAUGAUGGUCGGCUAUUUCAUGCCACAAGAUGUUAAACCUGAAACCUCUUUACCCUGUAGACUACAAACAGCACAGCAACAGCAGAAUUAUCCUCAAAGAGAUAACCAAGGUAAUUACAACUCCAACUUCGCUUACCAGUCAUCAAACGAAGUAAACCAACCUUUUCAAAAUCUUCCUCCAGUGAACAAUAAUUUUUACUUACCUCAAAGUUCAACUAUUGAAGAUUACAAUAAACAACAACAAGAUUCCUCAUUAUUAUCAAAAUGUGCAAGCCAUACUCGAAAAGGUGUUUUGCAAAAAUCUAAAAAUGCGAUUCAGAAGGACAUUGCUUCAUCUGUCAAUCAGCACACAGCAAUGGAUAUAACUUCCUCCGGAUGUACUGUGCUGGACACAAGUACUUUCGGUCAGUACCAUGGACAGCCUCUGAAUAAUACAGCUAAUGUCACAUCUCGUGAAAUGUUAAAAUCAGAGAAUCAUAACUAUCCAAGUACUUUAACAAAGACAGCUUCUGUUUCAAACAAUACAAACAGCAAUAUAUCUCUUCACUCAUCUGCUGCUGACAAUGGUGACCAAUCAUCUGAUCUAAUGACAUCUGACAUGUCUACGAUAUUAAAUGAUCUAUCAUUAUUUAUGAUUCCUCAAAAUAAUGCCGCUGUGGAUCCAUUAUCAGCACAAAAUAAUGUUCGGACGUCGUCAUAUACAACAGUUACAACGACUGCAAUCACAACAUCUGUGAAUUCUUCUUCUAACGCUCAAUAUCAACAGAAACCAGAUCCAACUUAUGGACGCUUUUCUGUUCUACCAUCAGUGGCAUCUAACACAGCACCGCAUACUAGUGGAUAUGGGGACGGUGAUAACAUUUCAUUAAUGAGUUAUGCAUCGCUUCCCGGUAACGCACAAAAUUCUUCUCAAAUGGGAAUGUAUUAUACAUCAUUUUCUCCAUUUUCAUUAAAUUUUCAUGAAAAUAUUCCAUCUACAUUUAGUUCAAGUCCACGAUAUUCUGGUCGAUCCUCUUAUUCCAGUCGUUCAAGAAACAAGAGGGCAUUAUCUAAUUCCCCUUUAUCUGCUGAAGGGAUCGAUUUGAAUUCCAUCAUUCGUAUGUCUCCUACGUCUUUGGUUGCUUACAUCAAUGGUUCAAGAAGUUCAUCUUCAUGUGUUUCUCCAGGAUCAUUAGGAGAGAAAGCAGGUUGUUACGGACAUUUAUCAGCUCGUAACAGUAGUUCUAGUCCUAAUUCUGGUUCUGGUUCAUCUGGUAAUAGAAGAAGUUCCUCUUAUACUCCACAAAUAGGAACUCCUAGUAAUAAUAAUCACAACAUUAUCAGUGACAAUAGUAAUCAAUCAAACGCUUGUAUGAGAAUUGAAAAAACAAAAAGCGAUAUUUUAAAUAUAGAUGACAAUUUACUUGUGAUGCAGGCAAUGCAAGAGCUUGAAUCUGGAGUAGAUAUUUCUUCCAAUGCAAAUUUGCCCUUUAACAAUAGUGGAGUACAACAUACACAAAUGAUGCCUGAAUUUGAGAAUCUCCAAGUACUACCGCAGGAUCUCGCAGCUUUUGCGACUGAAGACUUCAUACCAUUCAUUCCAACAUCACUCCCACCGGUUCACACUCAUAUUCAACAACCAGUCCAACCAAUUCCAAAUCAAAAUCUGCCAGCAAUAAGUCAACAUCAGAAACCUCCACCAACCUACGAUCAACAUAUGGCAAGGAAGGCUCUCUUGCAGAAAAACAGUUCCUCUGAGAGCAGCCAACCUUCCAACUCAUCAAGUUUUGAAAGUUCAGAAGGCGAUAAGACAGUAGGAGGCAGUAGUAGCACGGACACUGAAAGCAACAGAAUGUAUGCUUGUAGAUGGCUUGAUUGCACUGCCGUAUUCCAUGAUCUAGAAGAAUUCGUAACGCACAUAGAAAAAGUUCACAUCGACCAAAAGAAAGGAGAUGACUUCAUUUGUUUUUGGAAAUUGUGUCCUCGAAGACUUCAUCCUUUCAAUGCUCGCUAUAAAUUAUUAGUUCACAUGCGAAUACACUCCGGAGAUAAGCCUAAUAAAUGUACGUUUGCAGGCUGUAAAAAAGCAUUUUCCAGACUGGAGAAUUUGAAGAUUCAUCUACGAUCCCAUACAGGAGAAAGACCUUAUACUUGCACAUAUCCUGGAUGCACCAAGACUUUCAGCAAUUCCUCAGAUCGAACCAAACAUCAGAAAACUCAUCAAGACACGAAACCAUAUGUCUGCCAGGUUAUUGGUUGUGGUAAGAAAUACACCGAUCCUAGUUCUCUAAGGAAACAUGUCAAAAAGAGUCACCCAGAAAAAAAGGAACCUGAUAGAAAAAAGAUAAGAGGAGGUGUUGAAGAACUGGAUCCUAAGGAUUUGAGCGAGUGCCUAGUCAUACAGGCAAUCAAACCAACGACUCUGCGUGAUGCUUCACCACCAGAACCAACUGAUAGCGGCCUGGGCAGGUCACCCAGGAGUUCUCAACCGGGAUCAUCAUCGGACCAUUAUCCAGGAUUAAUUUAUUCUGGUGAAGCUCUCACUAUGAGUGAUACGAUCCAUGGUAGCUGUCAUACUUCUCCUUCAAGCCACCACAGCAGUCCUCGAAGUCAGAUUGAUAGCGGGGAUUCUUUGCCUCCUAACAAUAACAGCCUGAGAGUUCCGAUUUUACCUCCAAUAGCUCCUACUCCGGUACAGCAAAGCUUUACCUUUUCAAAUCAAGCCAUGACAAAUACAAGGAAUACGCCUUUACAUCGAGAAAUAAUUUCGCCCAAUGUGUUUGGAUUGUCCAGGACUUUUCCAAAUCCGCCCCUAAGUUCGAAAACGCAAGGUGGAAACACACAAAGAACUGCAUCAGGAAUGCACAGUGGCUGUUCUUCCUCUAGAUCUGCAUUAAAAUCAUAAUCAAGAAAAAGUCAAUUUUUGAAGCUACUGAAGACAGCAAGUGCAUUGCAAUAAAUCGCCAGGCUAAAAUGCACAAGCAUCUAACUGAUAAAGGGAUCAACAGUUAUAGUUGAAAACUCAACUCAGAAUAUAGAAUUUGUACAUAGACAAAAAGAGAUGAGUAAAAGCAAUCACUACAUCUCACUACAAAUGUAGCCUAUUUUAUUUUUGAUG